AUGGGCGCGGGCGCGUCGGUGGCGCCAGACGAGCCCGACGUCUCGCUGCAGUCGUUCCGGUUCCUCAAGAACGAGUACACGAACCUCGUCCAGCAACACGUGAGCGACGAAGCUGUGUUCGAGCACCUGAAGAAGAUGUACGCCAGCUCAAUACACGCCGUGCGGGCCGACCCGACGGCCAAGCGCGGCGUCUGGACGCGUCGCGUCUCACACACCUCGGAGCGGAGCAGCCUCGGCCAGCGAAAAAAGCGCGUCAAUAUCUUUGAGCCUGGACACGACUCCAAGUCGGUGCGCGGCGAGAAGAACGACGAGCCGCGGUCGAGCAAGAAGAGCCCCGAGACGUGCAAGCUCUUGAAGGAGAACAUUCAGGCACUGCUUUUCGAGGCGACGACCGAGGGCGAGAUGGACAUGGUGGUCUCGGUCAUGACAAGCGUCAGCGUCAAAGCUGGGGACGUCAUCAUUCGGCAACACGACCACGGCGAUAAAUUCUACGUGAUUGAAGACGGCAGUUGCGAAUGCCUCGUCAACGAUGUCCACGUCGGCGAUGUCACGGCCGGUGGGCACUUUGGCGAACUCGCGCUCAUUUACGACGCCCCGCGCGCGGCGACCGUGAUUGCGACCAGCGACUGCAAGCUUUGGACACUUGGGCGCAAUGAAUUUCGCGCGAUCCAAGCGCAAUCGUCGAUGGAGUCGCUCGGAAAGCGCUCCGAGUGGCUGCAAAAAGUCCCACUUUUUACCGGGCUCACGUCGCGCCAGCUCACGUCCAUGAACCGGUGUCUCGAAGUAGUGACCUUCGAAGACGGCGCCGUCAUCGUCCAGCAAGGGUCCCGCGGCGACGCCUUUUACAUUGUGGCGUCCGGCACGGUCGGGUGCACGGUCGCCGGCUCCAAGCGUAAUUUGAUUCUCAUGUCGUCGUCCAAGUCCGAGAUUGCGCGGUUGCACCAAGGCGACUACUUUGGCGAGACCGCGCUCCUCAACGACCAGCCACGUAACUGCACCGUGCGCGCGAUUGGGCUUGUGAAAUGCGUGCGGCUCAUGCGGGCCGACUUUAUCUCGAUGAUCGGACCGCUCACCGCGAUCCUCGAGUCCAACGGCAUCAAGCGCGCGCUGCGCACGUACGACCACUUUGCCGAAUUCACCGACGACGAGCUCGACAGCAUCACGAACAUGUUUGAGAUCGUCGAGUACGACGAUGGCGAUAUCAUCUUUCAACCGGACCUGCCGGCCGAGUACUUUUACAUCAUCCGCGAUGGCCAAGUCAACGUCCAAGAUUUCGAAGACGAAAACAUUCCGCUCGAACUCAACGUCAAAGACUCGUUUGGCGGCGAAGCCAUCACGGGCGGCGACUACAAAUCCACCGCGACGUGCGUUGGCCAAGUCACGUGCCUUCGGCUCUCCCAAGCCAACGUGUCGCUUGGCAUUGUCACGCGGCGCCAGUCGAUCGCGAACAUUGCCAACGUGAGCGGCCUUUUCUACCGCCAUCCACUGAGCAACCUCGACCUCGAAGACCUCGUCCACAUUGGGGUUCUUGGCGAAGGCUCGUUUGGCCGGGUUACGAUGGUGCAAGCGUUCUACGAGGCCGAAGAGUACCUCCUCGCGCUCAAGUGCGUCUCGAAAGCCCAUGUGAUCGAAUGCCAGCAGCAAGAACACAUUAUGCGCGAGCGCAUGAUUCUCAAGGAGCUGCCGCCCAACCCGUUUGUCGUACAGCUCUACGCCACGUACCAGGACGCCAACUACUUAUACAUGCUUCUCGAGCUCGUCCAGGGCGGUGAGCUCUUCAGCGUACUCCACACGGACAUUUGCGGCCGGGACCUCGACGAAGAAGACAUGAAGUUUUACGCCGCGUGCGUCUACUUGGGCCUCGAGCAUUUGCACAAACGCGACAUUGCGUACCGCGAUCUCAAGCCCGAGAACCUUCUCGUGAGUGCCACGGGGUACCUCAAGAUCGUCGACAUGGGGUUUGCCAAGAAAAUUCCGUUCACAGUCACCAACGAAGACGGCACGACCGAGGUGAAUGCGCGCAGCUACACGCUCUGCGGCACCCAAGAGUACCUCGCGCCCGAGUUUGUGCUAAAUACGGGCCACGACAUUGCCGUCGAUUAUUGGGCGCUUGGAGUGCUCAUUUACGAAAUGCUAUUGGGGUACACACCGUUCGAGACGCCGGACGGGGACAUUGCGAGCCUCUUCAAGAACAUUGCGUUUGUGCGCACCGGGGCGAACGCGGUGCAGUUCCCCCCCGACCUUCUCGCGGAAAGCCCCGCGGUGUGCGACCUCGUCGAGAAGCUUCUGCAUGGCGACCCGACCAAGCGCCUCGGCAUGGGCGUCUCGGGGCCGAAUGACAUUAUGGGCCACCCCUGGUUUGCGUCGAUUGACUGGGACGCGCUGCGAAGUCAGACGCUCGAGACGCCGUAUGUGCCGCAGCUCACCAGUCGCUACGACACGUCUCUCUUUGACGGCGACCAGGGCUUGCGCGUCAAUGACGCCGACUACGACGGAAGCCAGGAUAACAUAUUUGAGGGGUUUUAA